UGGCAUCCCACAUUACACUUUCCCCAUCCGUGUUGCAAACGGUAACAAAGUACAUGUAGGUUUCAUGGUACAGUUGCGUUCCCGUGGUUAAAUCAUUGUUAUCGAGUGCACGAUCCUUAUCAAAAGAACCGUACCGAAACGUUUGUCACCUGCAGUUUAACCGAUUCCGUGUGCCAACGUACGUGCAAAUGCUCAUGCUUCGCCUUUCUGUACGCCGAGUAGUAUAAUUAACAAAUUUCCAUGUUCACGUAAAUAUCGAUCUUUUCGAUCGGUGGUUCGACAUUUUUAUCAAAGCAAAUAUACGCGAAGAGAAAAAAUAAAUAUGUCGGGUACGAAGGCACGCGUCGCGAUUUUCGUAUUAAGCGUGGCUGUGCUUACUGUGUGUUUCUAUAUUGCACUACUGCCAGCGUCGAACAAGAAGCAGUCGAUUCUGCAGCGGCCACACAUAAUUGUUAUCAUCGCGGACGAUCUGGGUUGGAACGACGUGAGUUUUCAUGGCAGCAAUGAAAUACCUACGCCAAAUAUAGACGCUCUUGCUUAUCACGGCGUAAUAUUGCAACGACAUUACGUUCUACCGAUAUGUACGCCAUCCAGGACAGCUUUCCUUACUGGACGCUAUCCUAUUCGAACAGGCAUGCAAGGCUAUCCGCUGAAGGCGGGCGAACCACGCGCAAUACCUCUGAAUAAUACUCUUCUGCCGGAAUAUCUACGACAAUUGGGGUACGCCAAUCAUCUCGUUGGAAAGUGGCACGUUGGUUAUUACAGCGACUAUCACACGCCGGUGCAUCGAGGCUUCGACACCUUCUUUGGAUACUAUAACGGCUACAUUACAUACUUUAAUCACACCACCGUGCAAAAUAAUUACACUGGAUACGAUCUGCACUACGAUAUCCCUGGUAAACUGUCCGUAGAUUAUAAUAACGAAUAUAUUACCGAUCUUAUAACGGAGAGAGCAGAAAGUAUAAUAACGAAUCACGAUCGUGAGAAACCACUUUAUCUACAAUUGGCCCACGUUGCUCCUCAUUCCAGCGAUUCGAAAGACGUGAUGGAAGUUCGCGACGCGGUGGAAGUGAACUCCACUCUACGCCACAUCGAAGACUUCGACAGAAGAAAAUUUGGAGGUGUUGUUACUGCACUGGACGAGUCUGUCGGCAGAAUAAUGAAGGCGUUGAGGGAAACGCGGAUGUUGGAGAAUUCGAUCGUCGUAUUCAUGUCCGACAAUGGCGCACAAACUGUGGGACUUUUAGAGAACUUUGGAUCGAACUAUCCUCUACGAGGGUUGAAGUUCACCCUUUUCGAGGGUGGAGUUCGCGGCGUGGCGUGCAUCUAUUCGCCUUUGAUAAAACACGCCUCGAGAAUUUCUAAUCGUUUGUUCCACGUGACGGAUUGGUUGCCAACGUUCUACUCGGCCGCAGGCGGCGAUUUGGACGAUUUGGAGAAAAAUCUCGACGGUACCGAUCAGUGGCUCACCAUCGUCUCCGAAAAUGAGACCAAUCGAACGGAUCUAUUGCUAAACAUCGACGAAGUUGAAGAUACUUCGGCUGCUUUGAUCGGAAAAUAUAAACUGAUCAAUGGAGCGAAACUCCAGUACGGCGACUACUAUGGAGACAGUGGUAUAAAUGAAUUCUACCCAGAGUACGAUGCAUCGAAUGUUUUACGAUCGCUUGCAGGUUCCGCGAUUACAGACACGUCGAAGUCUACGUUGAAACUGGAGGAGAUGAUUAAGCUACGAAAAGAGGCGACGGUGAUUUGCACGAAUUUCACAACGCACCCAAAAUGUUUGGACAGGUGUUUGUUCGACGUGUACAGCGAUCCUUGCGAAACCACGGAUUUGUCUUUCGCGUAUCCAAAGAUCGUCGACAAGCUGCUUCUCUAUAUAGAGAGGUAUAAGAAGGUUUUGGUGCGUCAAACGAACGCACCAGUGGAUCCAGCCUCUUUACCCGAACACUUCAAUGGAACAUGGAUGCCCUGGAUAGUACUGGAUACAUAAUAAUUAUUUUGCAAUACAAGAUAAGAUUACAAAUCGUUCGUUCAAAGUGGCUAGAAUCCUGG